UUGAAAAACUUCACCGUGCACGUUUUUGGAGCGUUCAACCUACAAAGCAUUCCUGAAUAAGGAUUCCAUGAAUGUGACUCGUUGUCACCACAGCAACAACGGGACGCCAAGCAAUGCGCAAUUGCUUGUAGGCAUAUCGAUUGUAGAGGAAUUUUGCAGCAGAAUAAUGCCUCCAAAGAAGAAGAAAGGGAAAAGUAAUAUCAAUAAAAAAAAUAAGAAAGCUAAUGAGGGGGGAAUUGAAUUGGAGGAGAAGUACAGGCGGAGUGCAUUGGAUGUAACAGUUCUGAGGGACCAUCUUGCUCUGCGAGGGGAUGUGGCACAGCAGGCCCAGUCCAUCAGUCAUGACCUGAGAUCUCGUAUGCGGGACAUGGAGCAGGAGCUCCACCAUGAGAGACUGGACCGCAAAGACGUCAAUGCAGAUCUCACCCGUCAGCAUAAGACCAUGCAAACAGACAUGACGGUCAAAGUGAAAAGGCUGGGGGGUGAGGCCAUUUUGCUGCGAGAACAGCUUGCUCAGUGUCAGGAGGAGUUGAGGGCAGAAAGGAAAGCGCAUGAGCAGCUGCAGCAGGAGAAGGAUACCACAAUAGCUGACUUACAAAACAAACUGGACAACAUGGAGACCAACUAUGAGAAGAUUCUGCAUGACACUUUGGACAGUUUGACCUCCCAACUGGCUGAGGCUCGACUGCGGUGGGAGCAGGAGAGUACUGUUGUCCAUCAGGAAUACAAAGAGCUGCUCUCUGACUUUGGCUUGAACUCACUGGACAUCUGAAAGGCUCUUAUUAUGUAACCAGGGCCCGUAUUCAUAAAAUGUCUCAGGGUAAGAGUGCAGAUCUCAGAUCCAUGUCUCCCCCCUUUCACCCCCCUGUCCAUGUACAUUUCAUUAUAAUCUAAAAGGCUAAAUGGAUCCUAGAUCAGCACUCCCACUCUGAUGAUCUUUAUGAAUACUGGCCCUUAUCACCACCACAUUGUUUCAUUGCUACUAUAAGACCAGGCACACCAGGGGCUCGUAUGUGUCAAUAACAUUACAUGGACAGUGAGGACCUGAUCUACAUCAGCACUCCUACUCUGACACUUGACACACAUUAUGGUAAAGUAAAUAGAUCGAUUCCAUGUGGAUUUGAAGUCAUUCAUAACGAGAAGGAAAACUUAAUGACAAUAAUGUAAGAACCAGUGUUUGAUUCAUUUGGUUACUGUGUCUUUCAUGAUGUAUAAUACUUCUUAAAAACAUGCAGUUGUUUGAUUUUCUUCCUAUAGUUAUUGUGGUAUUGAUGGUCAUUCACAAAUAUUACGUUUUUGAGUCUUUGGGGUGACACAAAUUGUCAUUUGAAAUGAUCCACAGUAACUUACAUACUAACUCUCAAACUAAUGGCUAUUGUUUGAGAGUGAAACAACUACUGUGCAUUUAUUGGCUUUUUUACUCUUACAACACAUAUUUAUGGAAGUAAGGAAGUUAGCUUAUGUAUCGUACAUUUCCACCAGGGUGCGUCUUCCAUAUUUCCUGAUAGUCAUUCAGGUAUUUUAUUGAACACUAUCUUUUCAUGUCCACUAGAUGUGGCUGAUCAUGGCACAACACUAGUCUCAACGUCAACAGUGAAGAGGCGACUCCG